AUGGUCGCGUUCGAAGACCUUCUACAUGACACGAGCGGCAACUGCGAUAGCGAUCAUCUCGAAAUUUUCGAGUUUAACGAUUUCCAUGGCGGGCCGCACCGUCAUAGUGGACCAGCGACAGCAGACUCAGGUGUUGCCAUGUCUAGUGGCUACGAACCUCGUAGGGCCGAGCAGAGACAAACUCCCAAUCUUGGCACGCUGGAAGCGAAGUUUGAGCAUAUACUGUAUGCGGUAGAGGAGGCCGGUUUCGAGAGCUUCGAUGAUUUGCUGACUCAGUACUACACCGCGCGGUUCAAAGACGACACUGUAGCCUACUGGGCUCAAUCUCGGAGCCGCAACCGCUUCUUGCACACAUUCUUGGCUGCACUGCACGAAGACACAGGGAGCUGGAGUGACCGGGAAGCGCAGGGAUACCGCCAACAUAUUGCCUGCACAGCAGAGAGACUCUACGUCUCUGAGUUUGCGUACGCCAAGCGACACCGACCGAUGACACCCAACAUCGACGUCUCGCCCGUCUGGAGAGCUAUGCAUGAGCUAGACCAGAGAGUUCUCAGUAAGGAGUAUCGCACUUUUGUGCGGACGUCAAUGCCUGAGACGUAUGCGCUCCUCACAGAAAUCAGCAUGAGGGCAAGCUUGCAGCAUGCGCAGCGCUCGCAAGCUGUGUCUGCCUUCUUGAUACUGUUGCUUGAAUCCAUGCCAAAUGAGCAGGGAGGAUGUCGAACGUGA